AUGGUGUCUGAAGUCGAAAAUUGGACUUUACCUUCUCUACAGCAAAUUUGUUAUGAAGUUUUAGCUGAGUUUUCUGGCUACUUGUGUGAGGUUGACCCUAUUUCUGAUGAAGGAGUUUUAUCAAUUUGUGCAAAAUCAACCCCAUUCGGGCUUAUAAAUAUUGAAGAAUUGCUAUCUCAAGGGGAAGUCGACCGAUAUAUAGACACAAAUGAGUUCUGGGAAAGACUAUACAAAGAAAAGCUUCGCCAAGAUCCUAAAUAUUUGAUCCCUGAAAGGGAAAUUCUGAAAGGGGAAGAUUAUUAUAGGCAGGCCUAUUUGGCAUCUUACCUAAAAAAUGAGCUUGAAAAUAGGACGCUAGAUGACGAAGACUUAGAAAGAUUUAUCAACAUGUGCUCAGGAAACCUUAAACUCGUUUCAAUAGGAAGAUUCGCUGGAGUUAACUUGCUCCCCCCCCUCCGUUAGUGAACAAAACUAUUGGAAAAUCCUUAUUUUUGCCCAAAAACCUCCGUGAGUGAACAAAAAUUUUUUAAUAUAAAAAAUCUUCUAUGAAAAAAAAUUUGAUAUAUAAGUGAUAAUUAGUAUAAUGAAAUCUUGAGCUAAUUCUGCUUAAUUUUAAACAAAUUGCGUUUUAAAUCUAAAUUUUAUAAAUUAAAUUAAUAUUUGCUUCCCAAUUUUUGCAAAUUCGGAUUUUUAAAUUUUUGAAAAAAAAAUAUUUUGUAUAAAAUUUAUAUAUAAAUUGUUUUUAAAAGAAAAAUUAAACCCCUCCGUAAGUGAACAAAAAAUUUUUGUUCACUAGCGGAGGGGGGAGCUAGAAUAUUUAUUGAGUUUAUUUCCCAAAGCACUUCAUUUAAGCCUAAAAGACAGCAAAGUCGGCCCACAAGCUGGAGGAAUUAUAAGAAAUUAUAUAGAAAGAAAUAAAUAUUUACAAACUUUGAAUUUAAAAAGCUGUGAACUAGGAGAUGCUGGGGCUGGAGAAAUUGCACAAGCGAUAGCGAAAACACGAUCAUUGAGAAGCCUUGACAUGGCAUUUAACGAUAUUUCGCUAGCUGGGGUCAGAACUCUAUGUGAAGCUAUUUUAGUUAAUAAUUCGCUUGGGAUUAUUGAUUUAUCAAGAAAUAUUUGGGGACCUAGAGAGCUGAAACCAGCUUCUAAUCUAGCAAAACAGAUGAAGCAAGCCAAAAACCUAAUAAUUAAAAUUGUAUAA